CAUAUUCAAGGGUAAUAACUUCAAUACAGUUUGAACCCUGAUGAAUGAAUGAUUAUAACCAAAACUUGAAGCAACUGAUCAGCGGCGAAAUCAUCGAUGGAAACAGAAGCUCAAAAGUACGUGUGGGACGGUGCAAUUCCGCUGCAAAUCCACCUUCACGACUCCGAAGUCACCACUCUUCCGCCCCCCUCACCUGCGCUGAUCCUAGCUCCACGAAUAGGGUACCUACCUCUAUUAUCUUCACAACUCAAGCCAUUCUUCAGUGAUGCACUUCCUCCUGGAGUAGACACUAUCUGGUUUGACUACAAAGGACUGCCUCUUAAAUGGUACAUACCAACAGGUGUCCUUUUUGAUCUUCUUUGUGCUGAACCAGAAAGACCUUGGAAUUUGACGGUACAUUUCAGAGGAUACCCUGGACAUAUUUUAAUUCCUUGUGACGGAGAAGAUAGUGUGAAAUGGAGUUAUAUAAAUUCAUUAAAAGAGGCCGCAUAUAUAAUUCAUGGAAGCAGCAAGAAUGUUAUGAACAUGUCUCAUCCUGAUCAAGUUGAGCUGUGGCGUUCUGUUAUGAACGGUAAACUUGAGACAUACAAUCGUAUUUCAUCUAAGCUAAAACUUGGAAUAAUUGGAGACGAAUUUUCUGGAAAACCGAACCCAUCUCCUUUGAAAGGUCAGCAGAGUGUUAAUGAGACAGAGGCAACUGCAGCACGGAAAGCAAGUAGAGUCCCUGUUCGCUUGUAUCUCUGGAUUGUCGAUAAAGAUUUUGACGAUUUAGAAGAAGCACCAAAUUUUGAUAGGUGGGACCAAGUUUCUUACAUAAACCGGCCUGUGGAAUUUUACACAGAAGGAAAGUAUUUCACUUUGCUUGAUGCGGUAAAAUCAAUUCUGCCAGAAUUUUAUCCGGGUUCGUUAAACACAACAAAAGCUGAAAGCAAGGACGAGCCAGGAAUUGAACCCGAAAACGAAAGUCAUCCUGUCAUAAAAUUGCUUCGAAUUCAAGGCAUUGAACCCAAAAUGGAAAUUCCAUUUUCUUGGGUGGUCAACAACUUGAUGAACCCUGAUUACUUCCUUCAUAUCUGCCUCUACAUCCAGGCUCCCAAACCGAUUGGUACAUGACGCGUGUUUGUUUUUUAUGUACACUGCCCUCCGUUCUUGGGUAUAUACGGUUCGUCAACUGAAAAGUAUGCAUCAAACUGUACAGAAUAGUAACAUGUCUGUUGGGUAAAUUAUUACCAUUUAACUCAUUUAGUGAAAAAAGGUUGUAUUUUUUUUUUUUUUUUUUAUAAUCUGUUGUGGUUGGGAACUAUUGGAUUCUGGUUAAAAAUGAAAUGAAUGAAAGUAUAAAUAU